GAGGGGGGUGGACAGCGACUACAAAAACAACUCAUCUUUCCAUUCAUAAACGAACUUGGCUCGGAAGACAAGCAGUGACGAGAGAGAAUUCCCUUUUCUGGGGAGGGCCUGGUCUGGGACUGUUUUGAGGACCAUGAGAAGCUUUUGAAAAUCCAUUCGGGGAAUAUUUGGAUUGCGUACGUGGAUAUCAAUCGUAAAAUGCUCGCAGAGGGCAGGGAGUCGCCGGAGUCUACUGUUGCUCAUGCUGACAGUGAUCAAGGAGAGGAAGAGUGCCCUCGUAUUUCACUGCUGAAUGGGACAGACCAGAGUCGGCGACACCGGACUGCUUUCACGAGGGAGCAGCUGACCCGUCUUGAGCAAGAAUACUGCAAGGAAAGUUACGUGUCUCGACCCAGACGAUGCGAACUGGCGGCAGCGCUCAACUUGCCCGAGACUACAAUAAAGGUCUGGUUCCAGAACAGGAGGAUGAAGGACAAGAGGCAGCGUCACAGUCUGAAUUGGCCUAAUCCACUGGACCCAAACCUGUGUGCCUUCAUGGUGAGUCAGGCGGCUGCUGGACUCCACUACCCACUGCUACCCCGCUUACCCCUUCAUCUUUACUCUCAUCUGGGCAUGGGUGGCCUCUCAAACCACUACAGUGCCACCACAAGGCCACUGGACACUUUGCACCUUCCUCCUUCUACCUACCCCUGGCUCACUGGACUUCCACAGCCAGCUCUCUAUUCCCCCGUCCAGACAAUGCACCAUCCCACAGGAUGCCACUGUCCCCACUGCCUGCACUGGAGACCAGACCAUCUGCAUAAACCAAGAGGGGGGGCUAGGACAGCCACGCAACCCAAAACCUUUGGCAGUGCUUCAGGAUAAAAGAACAGUGGUGUCUUUGGCAUGUUAAAAAGAUAGUUUAUGCCUUUUUUUCUAUUGUGGGACACAAAAUAUUAUAUUUUUUUCCCCCUUAUUUUGACAUUUUAAGGUUAUUGUAUCCAUGCAUCUGUACAGUUAUUCAGAAUCUUGAUUUCGUCACACAUGAAGAACUGUUUUGUUGUUUAUCUUCCUGUAAUAUAGACACCAUUCUUAAAAUACUUGAUCUUUUGAAGUUAGUUCAUAAACAUUUUUGCAUCUGUUGACACUUUUGCACCUGAACACUGUGGUAGAUGUGUACAUAUACGCUUUCCAAAAAUAUAUAUGACAAAUUUGAUUAUUAAAAUAUUUAUGAAAACAUUUUA